CAGCCUCCAACUGCCGGCUCAAGUGAUCCUCCUGCCUCAGCCUCCCAAGUAUGUGGGAACUACAGGAACUCACCACCAUGCCAAUUUUUUGUAGUUUUUGUAGGGAUGGGGGUCUCACUAUGUUGCACAGGCUGGUCUCAAACUCCUGGGCUCCAGUGAUCUUUCCGCCCUGGCCUCCAAAAGUGUUGGGAUUACAGGCAUGAGCCACCGCGCUCAGCCAAGGCAACUUCUGAUAAUACAGUUGUGCUGUGACGAGGUAAGGCCAGGCCUGGAGAAGCCUCCAAUGAUCCGGGGGUCUGGACCCAUAGUAGGUCCCCGGACAGGGCCCACCUUGCAAGUCCUGGGGAGCCCACCCAUGUUAGUGGGCAGGUAUAUCCGAUGUCUCCGUUGAAGGCCUUCAGUGUGGUGGCCUCGUCCCUUGAGGUUUAUGUCCGGGAUCAGGGCUGUUCCUCCACUUGGGGCCACAACCUCUGGCUCACUGCCUUGUCAGGAGCAAGCCUACCAAGUCACGUUUCAGGCCUGAAAACCAACAACAAAAAAUUAGUCAAAGUCCUGGGUCACCAGUGACAAGCUACUUGGCAGUGUGCGCUGAGGUGUUCCUCAGGCUCAGCUCAGUCCCUGUGGUUUGCAGGACCUGGCCUGGGUGGGAGGUCUUGGGGCCCUAGGACCUGGGCCACCUGGGGCUCUUUUGUUGUAUAAUACAAACAGCGUCUCUGUAUGUUCCCCAGGCUGGUCCAAAAUCCUGGGCUCAAGUGAUCCUCCCCCUAGUCCCCCACAAAGUGCUGGGAUUUCAGGCAUAGGCCUCUGCGGCUGGUCGGAAGCUGGGGGCCUUAUGAACUUUGAUUCCUUGGCAAUUUUAUCAGCCCUGGCUCAGGCUGAGAAGCCCAGAGAGGGAAAGGGACCUGCCCAGAGUCACACAGGAAUCUGGCCUCAAGCCUCCCCAACACUGACUUAUCUCCACCCAGGGCAUUUCAGUCCCUGCAGGCCAGGGGCCUGCCCCUCCUCCUCAUGGCCAGUAAGGGAUGCAGAGCCACAGGGAUCUGGCUCUGUCCCAGGCCCUGUGGGGCUGGCAGUGAGUAAGUACUACUCAGGCUGCCCCGCCCCAGCACAGUGCAUUCACGCAGCUGGGCCCCGCCUCGUCUCCAGAGGCACCUUCCAUUAGCAACAGUCUCCCUGGGCACAACACAGCUAACACAAGUCCUGGCAGGCAGGACUCUGGGACAGAAGCAGGCCCGCUGUCCAGAGAGCCCAGACCCAGCAUGGACGCUGUGGACGCCACCAUGGAGAAACUCCGGGCACAGUGCCUGUCCCGCGGAACCUCGGGCAUCCAGGGCCUGGCCAGGUUUUUCCGCCGACUAGACCGGGAUGGGAGCAGAUCCCUGGACGCUGAUGAGUUCCGGCAGGGCCUGGCCAAACUGGGGCUGGUGCUGGACCAGUCGGAGGCAGAGGGCGUGUGCAGGAGGUGGGACCGUGACGGCAGCGGGACACUGGAUCUGGAAGAGUUCCUUCGGGCGCUGCGGCCCGCCAUGUCCCAGGCCCGGGAGGCAGUCAUCGCAGCUGCGUUUGCCAAGCUGGACCACAGUGGGGACGGUGUGGUGACGGUGGACGACCUCCGAGGGGUGUACAGUGGCCGCGCACACCCAAAGGUGCGCAGUGGGGAGUGGACGGAGGACGAGGUGCUGCGCCGCUUCCUGGACAACUUCGACUCCUCCGAGAAGGACGGGCAGGUCACGCUGGCGGAAUUCCAGGACUAUUACAGCGGCGUGAGCGCCUCCAUGAACACGGAUGAGGAGUUUGUGGCCAUGAUGACCAGUGCCUGGCAGCUGUGAGCCGCUCAGGCUCGGCCCUGCUGGCCUGGCCUGUCACUCCCCGCCCCUACCCCAGGACUCCCCCUUUCCUGGGCCCCUACUCUCCUGAUUAGCCACACCACAGGGCGGGGAGGGGCAGGUGGGGGAAUGGAGGCCGCAGGACUGGCUAGACCAGGUCCCUGCUGGGUUGCCAGGCAGAGGUAGGACAAAGGUCUUAACAGGGGUCACUGGUACAGGGCCCCAGGGAGAAACACUCUCCCCACUCAUGCCGACUGGAGGCCUUGGAGCCCCUGGGGAUGCCCCUGCCGAGGCCUCCUGAUUGCCCCCACCCAGCCUGCUGCUCCUUGCCCCUCCCCUGGAGGUCCCCCAGGAAGCUAGGCAACCCGGGUGGGAGGCUGUGUGAGGAGGCCAAGCUGGAAGGCAGUUUGGACCUGCUCAGGUGUGCAGCGAGGGGCAAGAGGCAUCCUAACCUCAGAAACCAAAACAAAGCCUUUGGAAAAAAAAAAUCUAUAAAUCAUCAGCCCCAAAUCAGAAGAUGGCAAACAGGGAAUAAAGAAAGUAGCAAGACCA